AUGUUGGGCGCGCCGGCACGCGUGCUCGUACCGGGUGGUGUUGUUCACCGUGAGAGUGAAGACAUCGUGGCGUGCGCUUGCCGGCUACAACAGGAUAUCUGA